CCCGGUGUGAGACAGGACAGCUGGCUGGGGCGCUUCGCUCGCCACCCUCCCCGCCCGACGCGGUGCCCGCAGCCAUGCCAAAGCACAACCCAGCUGUCGUCGCCUGACGGACGCCCGGCCAGCCGAGGGGAGAGCUCACCCCUUCCCUGGGGAGAGGGCCUGCCGGACACCGGUGCGGUGGCUGAGAGGUAAACCCGAGUAACGCCUUCUCCAAAGCAACUCACAGCACCGGGAUUUACCCUGCCCCAAACCCCGGUGCGUUUUAAUGCAUCUUAAUGCAGGGAAAUACUGCCAGAAAAUAUCGACCUGGGAAAGUUGCUUGGCACUUCUGGCACCUCCCUGGGUGAGGAAGACUCUGCUGCUGCCACCAAGGGCCCACGGACACCCAGGUUGGAGGAGGGCAGGCAAAAUGGCCUCGGUCUUCCGGAGUGAGGAGAUGAGCCUGAUGCAGCUUUUCCUGCAGGUGGAGGCUGCCUACUGCUGCGUGGCCGAACUCGGGGAGCUGGGUCUGGUCCAGUUCAGAGAUCUGAAUGUGAAUGUCAACAGCUUCCAGAGAAAGUUUGUGAAUGAAGUGAGAAGGUGCGAAUCCUUGGAGAGGAUCCUGCGUUUUCUGGAAAAUGAGAUGGAAGACUAUGUUGAGACAGUCAAACUGGAAAAGUACCCAGAGACCCCCCUGCCUCGGGAAAUGAUUGAUAUGGAGACAGUGCUGGAGAAGCUUGAAGCUGAGCUGCUUGAAGCCAACCAGAACCAGCAAACGUUGAAGCAGAACUUCCUCGAGCUGACAGAGCUUAAACAUCUGCUGAAGAAAACCCAGGACUUCUUUGAGGCAGAAACCAAUCUGCCGGAUGAUUUCUUCAGUGAAGACACAUCUGGACUGCUGGAGCUGAGAAGCACUCCUGCUGCUGCAGCUGCCAAGCUGGGCUUCACAGCAGGGGUAAUAAAGAGGGAAAGGAUGAUAGCCUUUGAGCGUUUACUGUGGCGAGCCUGCAGGGGAAACAUCUACCUGAGGUACACCGAAAUGGACACCCCACUGGAGGACCCUGUGACAAGAGAAGAGGUGAAGAAGAACGUGUUCAUUAUCUUCUAUCAAGGAGAACAACUUAAACAAAAAAUCAAGAAGAUUUGUGACGGAUUUCGUGCCACGGUCUAUCCCUGUCCAGAGUCUGCCACCGAGCGCCGAGAAAUGCUUGAUGGAGUCAACACAAGGAUUGAGGAUUUAAACACGGUGAUAACCCAAACCGAGUCCCACCGCCAGCGACUGCUGCAUGAGGCAGCAGCCAACUUGUGGUCCUGGGGGAUCAAGGUGAAGAAAAUCAAGGCCAUCUACUACAUCCUGAAUUGCUGUAACAUUGACGUCACCCAGCAGUGUGUCAUUGCAGAGAUCUGGUUCCCAGUGGCUGAUGCUGGCAGGAUAAAAAGAGCUCUCCAUCAGGGAAUGGAGCGCAGCGGCUCUACUAUCACCCCUAUCCUUACUGCCGUACACACCAGGAUGGCACCACCCACCUUCAACAGAACCAACAAGUUCACAGCUGGAUUUCAGAACAUCGUGGAUGCAUAUGGUGUGGGCAACUACAGGGAGAUGAACCCAGCUCCAUACACUAUCAUUACCUUCCCCUUCUUGUUUGCGGUGAUGUUUGGGGAUUGUGGCCAUGGCGCUGUCAUGCUGGGCUUUGCACUCUGGAUGGUCGUUAAUGAGAAGAGCCUUCUGGCCCAGAAGAGCACUAAUGAGAUCUGGAACACCUUUUUCAGCGGGCGCUACUUGAUCCUGCUCAUGGGCAUAUUCUCCAUGUACACUGGCUUCAUCUACAAUGACUGCUUCUCCAAAUCGUUCAACAUCUUUGGCUCUUCCUGGCAUAUCAUCCCCAUGUUUAAAAAUAGCACUUGGAAUAAGGAUGUGCUUCUGGACAACACAGUGCUGCAGUUGGAUCCAGCAGUCCCAGGAGUCUACUCUGGAAAUCCAUAUCCAUUUGGAAUAGAUCCGAUCUGGAAUGUUGCAUCGAACAAACUGACUUUCCUGAACUCCUACAAAAUGAAGAUGUCGGUUGUCAUAGGGAUUGUGCACAUGAUUUUUGGGGUGGUACUCAGUCUCUUCAACCACAUCUACUUCAAGAAAUACAUAAACAUUAUCCUUCAGUUCAUUCCAGAGAUGAUUUUUAUUGUCUCUCUUUUUGGCUACCUGGUCUUCAUGAUUAUUUUCAAAUGGUGUCAUUUUGAUGUCCACUCAUCCCAGAGUGCACCAAGCAUCCUCAUCCACUUCAUCAAUAUGUUUCUGUUCAAUUACGGUGACACUUCAAAUGCUCCAUUAUAUCUGCAUCAGAAAGAAGUGCAGAGUUUCUUGGUCAUAUUUGCUCUGAUUGCUGUUCCCUGGAUGCUCCUGAUUAAACCUUUCAUCCUCCGAGCCAACCACCAGAAAGCACAGCGCAUGAUUCAGUCUCAAGCCAUCUCAGGAGACCCUGAAGGUGAAAAUGAUGUCGAUGUCCCAGAGACCAAUCACUCAAAGAAAGCUUCCCAGGGAGACCACAGUGGUGGCCAUGGAGGACAUGAGGAAGAUGAUGAAGAGUUCAACUUUGGAGACACGUUUGUCCAUCAAGCUAUCCAUACCAUUGAAUAUUGCCUUGGCUGCAUCUCCAACACAGCAUCCUACUUGCGGCUCUGGGCACUGAGCUUAGCCCAUGCACAACUGUCAGAGGUCCUUUGGACCAUGGUGAUGCACAACGGGUUCAACAGCAGCAGCUGGGCAGGCCUCAUUGUCAUCUUCAUCAUCUUUGCGGCAUUUGCAGUGCUGACAGUAGCCAUCCUGCUUGUCAUGGAGGGGCUCUCAGCCUUUCUUCACGCCUUGCGUCUGCACUGGGUGGAGUUCCAGAACAAGUUCUACGUGGGAGCUGGGUACAAAUUUUCUCCCUUCUCCUUCAAGCACAUAAUUGAUGGCACCGCAGAAGAAUGAAGCCACUGCAUUGGUGCUUUACUCCUCCAACAAGGCUCUAUUUUCUUGUGAUCACUCACAGAGUAGGGUAUAUGGGAUAAAACAGAAUGGGAUGUGGCCCUUGAAAGAAGAGCAGCUGGAGAUUAAAAUAUCCUAGCUGCCUUCACAUAUACUGCUCUAUCAACUGAGGACUGAACUAUGUUGACCAGGCUGGUGGGACCCUUGGCUGAGUCUCUCCACUGAUGUCUUUGCCAAGUACCUGGUCCUCAGCACUUGAUCGGGUCAGCUGUCUGCUGCUUGGUUGAAAAGAGGAGAUGCAGCUUUUGAAUUAAAUUGGUUAUUAAUAAUCAACUCGCGUGUGUUUUGCUCCAUUUACUGCCUUGUCUUUGUGGCAUAUUUCUUUACGAGGAAAAUAUGUUUCGGCUGUUUUUUCAAGCUGUGGUUGAUCAUAUGACAAUAAUUAAGUCCCUUACAAGAUUGCAGCCCUUCGUUUAGCACACAAUGCAAACCAGCUCAAAGACAGAUCACAUUGCAGGCUUGCAAUUUUCUACAUGCUUUACUACAACAACCCUUUUUAUAUCUGAUUUUCUCCAGGGCUUUACAGCACUGGAUUAUAGGCGUUUGCACACGUCAUCACUUAACAAAAGUGUUAGUUUUGAGCUGUGUAAACAAGAGAGUGUGCCAGUUUCCACAUUGGCAGCCAAUUUAUUUCUCUCUAUUGACUUGUUUCUUGCUGGAGACUUAAGAUGACUCCCCCUGUGCUGUAUUUUUCAAGAUGGGUUGUUAAAGCAGACUGUGUAGAAAUGCUAAUAGCUAGUGAACAGAAAAAACAGAGGAAUCAAAACUGUUGAGAUAAUUUAAAAUAUUGAUGU